GCGCCAAACGCCCGCCCGCUCUUUUCCCCUCAACAGCCGCCUCUUGAAGUAGACGAAAUGGGGGGGGCUGAGGAGAGUGAUGAGGAGCUGCCGGCUUUUGCUUCUCUGCUGCGGCCACUGCCGGUAGCCGGCGGGACAGCCCCCUCGCGGGUCUCGUCCCCUCCUCUGAGGCGAGGAAGCGGUAUUGUGGUGCUGAGCAGUGACAGUGAGGAUGAGGUAGAGAUCGUUCCCCUGUCUGAGAGGAUCCGGAGGAGGCUGCCGCCCGGUGGGCUGCCGGGGAGGGCUGCGGGUCCGGGGCCUCCCCCGGGGGGCGGCGGGGAUGCAGCUGAGGGAGAUGACCUUUGUCACAGCGGCGAGCGGCUGGCGGCUGGCUGCGGGGGACAGGCUCCUCCAAAAACCGUGGUGUUACCCGAAGGAGGGCCUUCCAUCAGCCACCGUGAUGUGUUCGGUUCUGGGAGACCCUGGUGCCCGCCGGCAGCCCCUCUGACUGAGCCUGCAGCCCGGCCUGAGGGGCCUCUGGGAAGCGGAGAAAAUGCAGAAGCUUCCCCGCCUCCAAAGAAGCCGAAGUACAGCCAGGAGGAAAGGGAGGCGAUCUGCCGGGCGGCCUGGCAGAGGAGGAAGGACCGGGAAGCGCGGAAGAGGCAGCAGGAAGAGGAAAAAGAAAGAAAGAAGGCCCUCGCCAAGGUGCUGAAAGCUCAGCGGCCGGGAGAGUGCCAGAAAUACAUCACUGUGGUGCUAGAUCCAGUUCUCUUACAGGUAGAAGGUGGUGCUCAGGUCCACGCUGCUUUGCAGUCUGCGAAUUAUUCCUGUGUGAUUGAGAGUCAGGCUGUUCCCUGCAGCAUUACCUGGAAGAGGAAGUCAGUUUUAUCUCAGGCUGAGGACGGUAACGAAUGGACAGAAGAGCCAAAUCUCCUGGUUCUGCUUGGUUUGGAGGAGUUCUUGUCCAUGGUUCGUAGCUACAAGCAGGAGGCCCAAGGCUGUGCAGAACGGAAGGAGACCUUACAGAGCUUUGUGGCUCGUGUCAUGGAGAAAAUGCCUGGGAAAAUUCUGGCUCUAACAGUUGUUGAAGUAGAAAAAUAUUUCAGAUGUCUCAGAGCUCAGUCAAAAAAGAGGCUGCAACGGACAACAGUGAAUAGAAGCCAGGCAGAAGAUAGGGGAAAUCAGAGGAAGAAGCAAGUUAAGGAUCCUGGCCUGGAGAUAACCAGACUGGACGUGGAAGAUGCCUUGGUGGAUUUGCAACUGUGCACACAUGUCCAAGUCACUUUUUUUGAAAGCUGGGAGGAGCUUGGAGAGUUUGCCACUAUGUUCACAAAAGCUGUAGCUGAAGCACCAUUCAAGCGAGAGCAGCAGAAUACAGGAUUCUCUUUCUACUUAGAGAACAAGUGGUGCAGAGGUGUGAAAGUGGAUCAUUCUGGAAAGGGUCUCUUUGAAGUUUGGAAGAGGCAGAUACAACAAUUUAACCGGGUCAGCGGGGAGAUGGCUGAGGCUGUUGUGUCUGCAUACCCUUCUCCUCAGCUUCUAGUCCAGGCCUAUAGUAGAUGCUCCUCCGAGCAGGAGCGGGAAAACAUGCUGGCUAACAUCCCUGUGUGCCGCGGUACCGGGGUGACAGCCACCUACCGCCGGGUUGGACCAGACCUUUCUAGACGAAUCUAUCUGCAGAUGACUUCCCACGAUCCUGACCUCUAUUUGGAUGUCACUGGAUAGCCCAAGUCAAUGAGGAUCUUACGGUUUCUCUGGUUAUAUUCAUCUUCCUUCUGGGAAAAAGUGCUUAGGUGACAAGUGCACUCAUCAGUCACAGCUUAAAGACUGUAAGUGCUUCAAGUCUUUAUCGUGGUAGAAGGAAAUUGGAAAAAAUUGCUGAAUGGCUGGAGUUUACCCGAGAGAGAUGCUGAAUGUCUUCCGUAACAGCAUGAAAUGGACAUGCCUUACAGGACUGGAGAUGCCUUUUUGUUUGUCAAGAGAUCUUCCAAGGAAAUAAAUCAUUUUCUAUCGUAA